AUGAAUUUUAAGCAAUUUGAGGACGAAGAUAACUAUUAUGAUGAUGACUUCGACAAUGAAUUUGAUACAUCAAAGAAAAACAACAAUAAUAAAAACUCAAAUUUAAAUGGUUCAUUGAAGAAGAGCUAAGUUAAGCAAAAUGAUUGGGCCGCUUAAAAUGAUAACAGAAAUUCUCUGCCAAUAAUUGAAACAAAAAAGCCAGUUGCAAAGAUAGAUACUCAACCUAAAGGAGUAUACUCAAAGAUAGAGCCACUUCAAGGUUUGAAUUCAACCACAAAUUAAUAGCAAUAGUAAAAGCCUAAAUAGGACGGUUAUUAACCUACAAUCAUUGGAGCUUAAAAAAGUUUUAGAGCUAGCAACAUUGAAUCUUCAAAUAAUAAUAGCAAUAACAAUCUUGGGGGUAACAUUCUAGGUUCUAAACCACAAAUAAAAUCAAAAUCAAUAGUGAAACCAUCAGAAAAUGACUAUGCUUAAAAAGGAGAAUUAAACGGAACCUCCAAAUAAAUAAAUUUAACUAAUAUGAAUAGCUAACCUAAUUUAAAAGCAAAUAAUCAAAUAGCAACUAACUUAUAGCAAGACUCAAAGAAUAAUAAUAUAAAUGGAAGCAAUAAUCUCAAGCCAAAUCAAAAUAAUGCCCAUGCCAGAAAUAAUAACUCUGUCAGUUUGAGUAAUAACAAUUUGACUACUAAUAAUAAUAGCAACAAUAAUUAGAAAUCUCUGAUGUUUGAUAACUAGAGGUAGUAGCAAAACUCAAUGCUUCAUAUUGGAAAAUCUUAACAAAUAGAAUCAUAACCUAAAACCUUAACCAAGGGUAUGAAAAAUGUUAGUUCUACUCCUAAUCUUCAAUCCUCAAGCAAAAGAUAUCAACAGACAAUUAUCGAUGCAAAGUAGUAUUUAGCAGCUGCUUAGAACGUUUCUCCUAACUUUAUAUAAAGAAACAUAGAAAAGUACGACAAAGGAGAGUAAUCUGAAUUUCAAAUACUUCUUGAUUUUAUUGAGAGAACAAGAACUAAGAUUGUUGAAUAUAGCGAAUAAAGCAAGAGAAAUGACAUGGGUACUAAGAGUAUAGAAAUAGAUGAUAGCAUAAAAUAUACUCUUAAUUACGAUGAGAAUAUGUUUCUAACUACUGGAAUCAAAGAGUUAAAAGAGAGAAUCGAUGAAUUGUUUACUAAAUACGAUCCUAAGGAGUAAUGCAAGACAAGAGACAGAGAGAUAGAGAAUGCAGAUAAAUAACUGAAAGCACUUGUAUAAGAAUAUGAAAAAGUUUAUAAUCGAGUUGAAUAAGUCAGAAAUCCAACUUACCUUGGUGACUUGCAUGAAAAUUUACAAGAUCUAGAUGAUUAAGCUAAGACCUUAGAAAAGGAAAACAAAUAUAAACUAAUAUCUUAGUAAAAAAGAGAGAGUACUAUUGAGAAGAUUAUUUAGGAUGGUGGUCCUAAAAUUAUCUACAGAAUAAAAGAGCUUUAAGAUAAACUAGCUUCAGUAAAAGAGGGCAUCAAAAGAGAAACUACAAGAAAGAAGAGAUAUGCCGAGUUAAUGAAUAAUCUCACUGAUUAAGAGUAUCAACUAAAAGACUCAGAGGAGAAGUGCUUAAUGAUAGCAAAGAAAAAUAACAUAAAAUUUCAUGAUAUUGAAGAUCUCACUCCCAGUUUAAAGAAAGAAUUGGAAUCAGCUAAAAUAAGAAAGUAGGAGUUUGAUGAUAUGGACAAGUAAAUUAAACAUACCAAAUUAGAGACUAACUUAACAUAAAAGAAAGCUGAAAUGUAAGAGCAAUAGAAUAAAAAAAGGCUAAAAGAACUUAAAAAGAAAUAUCUUGAACUUAAGGCUGCGAUGGCUGAGGCAAGUUAACAAGUUUCAUAAAAGAACUUAGAGAUAAAUGAGCUCUAAGAAAAAAUGAAUAGAAACUACAAAUCCAAGGGUGACCUAUUUUUGGAUACUGAUGAGUCAGGCUACAAGCAAAAUACCUAAAAGAAAGUCUAAUAGCCCAGAGGAAUAAAUUAUGAUGCUGUUUAAAGAGCUAUUGAGGAAAUGAAUUAGAAAGAAACUGCAGCUGCAUUGGUGAUUCAAAGUAACUUUAGAAUGAGAAUAGCUUAAAAAGAAUUUUUGAAACGUUUAGAGAUUAAGAAACAACAAGAAUUGUAGUUAAGGCAAAUCCAGGAGAGGAGAAGAUAAGAGGAAAUGCAAAAAUAGAGACAGUAGAAAUAAGGAGCAAAUGCAUAAAUAGGAUUGGACAAUAAUAAUCAAUAGUAAUAAUAGCCAAAGAGAAUGGCGGCUGAUUAGUCCAUCGGAGGUGGAACAAAUGACAGUACAGGCAAUAAUCAACAGACUCAAAUGCAAAAAAUUGCCUCAAGACCUAAUCUUAUGCCAAAGAAAAGAUAAUGA